UUGGGGAGGAUAUGUAGACCUUUACACAUUCCUUAAAUGUCUCUCAUAGACCACUGGAACUUUUGUAUUACUUACAAAACAAAUUGAAUAUGUUUUUGAGGCUAUUCAAUGCCAAUAUUGGCUACACAAGUAUGAGACCAUGCAUCAUUACUGUAGAUCAGUUUUAUUAACAUAUUAUAUGCUUGUUUUAACUUCAGCUGCACAGAAACUUUGUAGAAGAAGGUUUCUGCAGACCUGCUUUGACACAGGAAAUGAUGAGCUGGAUAGCUAUUUAUAAAACUCCAGCAUAACCAAGACUGUUUUAUUUCUUUUUACAAGAAGCUGGCAUAAGUAUAAGCUAGAAGAAAAAGGUACCUACAGUACUUGAUGCCGCCCCCUGGAAUCCUAUGAUUCACAGUGCACACAAACAAACCAUACAUGACUCAAUUAAUGGGCAAAGUUCUGUCUUUUGCUUGUACACAUCUUCCUGUUAGUUAGAACCGCCUUAUUUCUGGUCAGGUGAUCUCUGAGGCAACACACAGACCAUCACAAAAUGGUGGCUCAAGAUACCUCUUUCAUAUAAUUCAUCUCCUGAAUUGGGCAGAACUGUGGUAGCUAUAUUGCUGAAGAUGAACCAUACACAAGCAUAUGAUGGGGGUGUUACGACAGAUUAUUAUGACUCAGAUUACUCGCCCUGCGAAAAAGAUGAUAUCAAGCAGAAAGCAGCUAAAUUCCUUGUACCGGUUUACAUUUUUGUGUUUUUACUUGGCAUUAUUGGAAAUGCUCUUGUCAUAAUAAUAUUGAUCCAAUACAAAAAGCUCAGAAACAUGACAGAUAUCUACUUACUGAACCUGGCAAUAUCAGAUUUACUUUUUGUCAUCUCAUUACCAUUUUGGGCUUAUUACAUUACAAAAGACUGGGUAUUUGGAGAUGCACUGUGUAAAAUUUUAUCUGGGCUAUAUCUAACUGGAUUCUAUGGUGCAAGUUUUUUUAUUAUACUUCUUACUCUUGAUCGAUAUUUGGCAAUUGUGCAUGUUAUUUUUGCUAUGAAAGUUCGGACUGUAAAAUUUAGUAUAUUUACGAGCAUCGUCCUCUGGGGAAUAGCUGUUUUAUUUUCUCUCCCUGGAUUUAUAUUUUAUAAAGCAGAAAAACAGAUUGAUGUUUGGACAUGCAGUCCCUAUUAUACAGGGGCAUGGAAAACUAUAUUUACUCUUGUGAUGUCUAUAUUGGGACUUUUCAUUCCUCUAGUGGUUAUGAUAUUUUGCUAUUCAAGAAUAAUAUAUACUCUUCUUCGAUGUAAGAGCGAGAGAAAAAAGCACAAAGCUGUAAAACUUAUUUUCAUUAUAAUGGUUGUGUUUUUUAUUUUUUGGAUGCCCUACAACAUUGUUUAUAUUAUGCACUCCUUUCAAGACUCGGACAGCAUAAAUGCCUGCAAGAUGAACAAAAAAUUAGAUGAAGCAGUGCAAUGGGCAGAGGCCAUUUCUUAUUUUCACUGUUGCUUGAAUCCCGUUAUAUAUGCUUUCGUUGGAGAGAAGUUUAGAAAAUACCUCUUUAUUUUUCUAAAAAAAGUACUUCCAGGCUGGUCUUUUUGCUCUAGCCACUUUAGCACCCAUAUGUCUUUGCAUGAACGCCACAGUUCUUUGUAUACUCCAUCAACUGGGGAGCACGAUAUCUCUGCAGUUCUGUAAAGUUUAACUGUCUGAGAUGGUUUGGCUUAAAUAAGUAAUGCAUUAACUCUGCUGUUAAGAAGUGCAAAAAGUGAAAUAAAUAGGUGCAAUAAAAUACCAAUUUGUUUGUAUUCUGUACCAACUGUAUCAGGCAAAUGCUCACAGUAGGUGAAAUAACCAAAUCCCAAUAUAAUGGGAAGAACCUGAUCAUUAUUUAAUGUCCCAUGAUGUCAGAGAGUAACUAAUACUGUGUAUCCCGCUAAGCCCUGCCCAAUCUACUUCCAUGUUCUAAAUGUACUCAAUAUUGCCUCUGCCCACACCAUGCCAACUGCAGAUCCUUACAUACAUAGUGACAGAAGAACUAUAAACAGACAAAAGAAUAAUGUUGUGCAAUGGAUUGAAUACAGCCCUGUAUCUGGUAUAUUUCAUAUGUUCACAUUUAAUGGUAUAAGUGCCAGUCCUUUGUAAAAUAAAUACACAUUUAAAAAAUGGCAUAUUAAUUAUUUAUUAUGAUCAUUCUGACAAUGCUAAAACUCCACAUCAACUCCUCUGGUAGACAAUGCAGUGUCAAUAAAUGAAUAGCAAAUAUGGAAAAACCUGUAGAAAAAGAUAUGUAUAUAAUAAUGUAUAUUUUGCUUUGGAAUGUAUUUACAUUAAAUAUGCAAUAAGAGUA